AUGAGUUCAAAUAAAAAAAAUACCAACUUACCAUCUGGAAUAUGUUCCAAGUGUUCCAAGUUCCUUAAACCACCAAAUGAUAAAAAAACAUCUGUAACAUGUGAUUCCUGUAAAAUACUGUUAUGUGGGGAAUGUCACGGAUUGUCACCUACCGAAGUACGUGUGCUAGAGCUAAAGACAGUCGCUCGCAUUAUGACUUUUCUAUGCAGUGAUUGCAAAUCGGCCAUGACUCAACUGCCAAUGAUAAUGAAAAAACUAAAUGAGCUUUCUGAAGAAGUAAAGCAACUGCGUAUGCGUCAAAGUAUGCUUGCAACUGAAUCAGCAAUUCAGGAGAUGACAGAAAGAGCUAACAGAGCAAACAAUCUUAUUAUUUAUGAUGUACCCGAAUCAACUAGUGAUAUAGUCGAUAAGAGGAAGGAAGAUGGCGUAGGCGAAUGUGUGGCUAUAAUAAACACUAUCACAAACAAAGUUAAUUGUAAUGGAAUUAAGGUUUUUCGUCUUGGUGCUCCCAAAAAACAUGCAGGUGCCAAACCGAGGCCACUGAAAGCUAUCCUUCACACUAAGAGCGAUGCACUGGAAGUCCUCCGCCAUAGAAACAAACUUAGUGAGCCCUCAAACAUUACCUCGGACCUGACUCCCUUGCAAAGAGAAUACUUGAAGUACUUACGAGAAAAACUUAAUAAACGCAUAAAUGACGGAGAAACGGACAUCACUAUAAAAUAUAUCCGUGGGCAUCCAACAAUUGUGAAAACUAAUGCACAAAAUAACUAA